CAGACACAAUGGUAAUCGAGGAAUUGCCAAUUGCAGUCGUGAAGAACCUCGGGUCCUCUCAAGCCCUCGCUACUUCUGUCGCUGCAGUCAAGGAGCUCGUGGACAACGCGCUCGACGCGCGAGCAAUUUCUGUCACCGUCGAGAUCAGUCGUAACUCUCUGGACAUUGUACAGGUUCGCGACAAUGGUUGUGGUAUUCCGCCAGAGGAUCGCCGGCUCAUCGCGAAACCUCACUGUACAAGCAAGAUUAACAACGAGAGUGACUUGCGAUUGCUUGGAGGCUCCUCGCUAGGCUUUCGCGGCGAGGCUUUGGCCAGUGCUGCUCAGCUCAGCGGUUUAUUGACGAUGAUCACGCGCGUUGAAGGCGAGCCAACUGCUGUCGAGUUGAAGUUCUCUCGGAAUGGCGACAUACAAGAUGAGCGUAACGUAUCUUCGCCCGUGGGCACGCUUGCACGAAUCUCCGACUUCUUCCAGGUCAAUCCUGUUCGUCGGCAGUCGGCGAUCAAGAACGCCGACACUACCCUCAAGCAUGUCAAGAAGAUGCUACAGGAGUAUGCGCUAGCUAGACCGCAAGUUCGCUUCUCGCUCAAAGUCAUCAAGUCCCCCUCCGUUCACGGUGAUUGGAUCUAUGCUCCUCAGCUCCAAGGCGACACGGCCGCUAUGCAAGCUGUCUCAAAAAUUGUAGGUUUGACUUGCGCAUCGCAAUGUAUUGCGCGAAGCUUUGAGUCGGACGGCUUCGUAUUCUCGUCUGUGUUGCCUCGUUGCGACGCCGACGCUUCCAAGGUUGGUGGAUUCGGCUCCUUUAUCUCCAUUGAUCAUCGUCCCGUCUCGUCGAGCAGAGGCACACUCCGCAAAAUUGUGGAGUGCUUCCAUGAUGCGUUGAAGAAAGGCAAGUCCGCUACGCUCCGUGGCGUCAAAAGCCCUUUUCUCCAGCUCGGCAUUGCAUGCCCACAAGGUGCUUACGACAUCAAUGUAGAGCCGUCCAAGGAUGACGUACUUUUUGAGGAUCCCUCUGCAAUUCUGUCAAUGGUGACGACUUUCUUCCAAUCAGUGUACCCUGCUAGCGACGCAAGACCUGAAAGCGCAGAGCCCUGUGAACCCGUAUCUGCCAAUGGCUUCGUGCACAGACAAGGCAAUGCUGAGGCAGGUGAGUCGUAA